AUGGCUCUAUACCGCGCGGCCCAGAAGCAUGUCCGGCUCAUGGACAUCGACGUACUCCUGAGCGAGAACGAAGGGAGCGACGACGUCCAGGUGGCCAGCGACCUCAGCGAGGACGAGGCCAGCGACGCUGACGAGGCCGAUGAGGCUAGCGACGACGACGAGGCCAGCGACGCCGACGAGGUGCCGGCGCACGAGACGGCGGCGGCGCGCCGUAGCCGCGUGCAGCAGCUCAUUGCCGAGAGCAGCGACGACGAGUCGGACGCCGAGGCGCCGACGCCGCUGAAGAAGACGAAGAAGAGCGCGUUGGCCGACGACUCGGACUCGGACGCAGAGGAGGUAGAGCGGCCGUCGUUCCUGGACGACUUUGUUCCGACGACGUUCGAGAACGGCGCCAACGGCUUUCGCUGCAAAAAGUGUCCCAAGAUCCAACUCCAGAACGAGAAGGACGUUGUGAGCCACCUCCAGAGUAAGAAGCACCUGCGCAACGCGAUCACGCCCGAGGAAAUCGAGAAGCGGCGCGCGGCCAACAAGCGCAAGCAGCUCAAGCGCAAGCUCAAGCGCGAAGCCGCCGGCGAAGACGGUGCGUCCAAGAAGAAGAAGAAGAUGGAGGAAGCGGCGGCCAAGAAGGCCGAGGCCGAGGCCAAGGCCCCGAAGAAGACGACAGACGAUGCCAAGGCCGCGCCUGCGAAGAAGGCCGCGCCUGCGAAGAAGGCCGCUGUCAAGACGGCUUCUACCGAGAAGGCGCCUGCGAUGAAGGCUCCGGCGAAGAAGGUUGCUGCGAAGAAGAAGGCCCCGAAAGCGUAAAUAAGAACUAAUAGAUCCAAGUCCUCGGGUACAGUAGAUAUUGAACGUCCAUAUAUGGACAUGAGAAUCUGCCGCCUCGGUGUCCUUAG